GAGAAGUACUCCAUCGUGUCUGAAGCCUCAUUCAUUUUUUCCCUUCGCUCAGGAGCAUAUUGCCCAGUAUUCGGUCAUCUCCAAACUACUUUGUUGUUUCAUUGUCCAACUUGUUUUCCAUCCUGAUUUCCACCCUAUUUUCCAUCCUGCAGAGUGCAAUGGCCAUCCUGAUAUUAAUUAGUAUUUUACUGUUGUCUGCACCAGCUGCAUCUGAGAAUGAAGUCACUGGGAUUAUAGGAGAGUCUGUUCUCCUGUCCUGUGACCUGAAAUCAUCCACGGCCAUCGACACAGCAAGACUCCGGUUCCACUGGCAAGAUGAGUCCGAAAGAGUGUUGUACUCGUUCAACAAAGGAGAAGAGAAUCAACAUCAGGAUAGCCUUUACACAAACAGAACUAAAGCCUUUCUGUCUGAGAUGAGUUCUGGGAAUAUCUCUAUCAAACUCAACCACGUAACACUUGAAGACAAGCAGAAGGUCUACAGGGCUUUCGCUACACUGUUUGGCGAGGAUGAUAAGCAUAUCCACCCGUGUCGCACUACCCUACUUGUGGCAGCACGGUUCCCGACACCCAGUGUGACUGUGAACAAGACAAAUAUGAAUUCCACGUGUUCAACCCAGGGGGGAUACCCACAACCAACGGUCACGUGGACCAUCCAGGACCGUGGGAACCGCACUCUGGACCCGUGGGAAGUACAGACCAAUAUUACCCUGGAUUCUGAAAGUGGACUGUACAGCGCCUGGAGCCAAGUGAAUAUAACAGAAAAUCAGACGGUGACCUGCCAUAUCUUCAACCCCGUUCUGAGAGAGACUGUGAGCAACACAACCAUCGUCAGCCCCAGCAUUAACACAGACCCUGCAGGUUGUGGAGCCAGAGGUGGUGCUACAGGAGCCAGAGGUGGUGCCACAGGAGCCAGAGGUGGGCCACAGGAGCCAGAGUUGGUGCUACAGGAGCCAGAGGUGGUGCUACAGGAGCCAGAGAUGGGGCCACAGGAGCCAGAGGUGGUGCUACAGGAGCCAGAGAUGGUGCUACAGGAGCCAGAGAUGGUGCUACAGGAGCCAGAGGUGGUGCUACAGGAGCCAGAGGUGGUGCUACAGGAGCCAGAGGUGGUGCUACAGGAGCCAGAGAUGGUGCUACAGGAGCCAGAGAUGGUGCUACAGGAGCCAGAGGUGGUGCUACAGGAGCCAGAGGUGGUGCUACAGGAGCCAGAGGUGGUGCUACAGGAGCCAGAGGUGGUGCUACAGGAGCCAGAGCCAGGAGCCAGAGGUGGUGCUACAGGAGCCAGAGGUGGUGCUACAGGAGCCAGAGAUGGUGCCACAGGAGCCAGAGAUGGUGCCACAGGAGGUGAUGAGGAGCAGAGCAUUCUAAUGGUUAUCACAAGCCAGCCUCUGGGUCAAUAG